AGGCUUCCGAUUAGGUUGGCGACUCAUAUCACACUUUUGUGUUGGAAUUUAAAAUUCCUUUCAAAAGUUAAAAUGAAGAACCUAAAGGUUUAAAUGCAAGUUGUACGAGAGGAUAGAACUAAAAGGUCUGGACUGUUGUUAGGUGGUGGAUUAUACGACUUUCAAAGAGUCAGUUGAUUUGGAGCCGAAGGGUCCAAACAAAUAACAACCUUGUCUUAUCCGCAUAAUUAUCUUUCAUCGACAAUUUGACGGAAAUAUUAAUAAUAAUAUUUAUUUUGUGUUUGAUUAAAAGAAAAACAUAUCACAGUUUUAAAACGGAUACCUUUCUGACAGUCCACUUACAUAGAUUGGUGUGCGUAUAUAAGCGGGAAUAAAGUUUGCAUUCUUAUCGGAAACCGGCACUUAAGUGGACUAUUUUAGGCAAUUGGAAAGGUAGCUAAAAUUCAGUCAUAAUUCCACCUUUAAGGCAACCACGCGUAGACAGAACUCUACAUAUCCCUAAACAUAAAACAAACGGCAUAAUUCUAAAAUAAAAUUUAUAAUUAUGGGAGCUAAAAAAAAACGUCCAGGCGAUCCCUUGCGGAUUGUAAUCGGUGGCAUCCUAUCCAAAAAGCAACCACGCAACCGAGUGACUACUACUAAGUACAAUUGGCUAACUUUUCUGCCCCUCAAUUUUUAUGAUCAGUUUAGGCGGGCAGUCUAUUUUUACUUUUUAAUAAUAACCAUCAUAUCGUUCUUCGUAAAUGACACAAUAUCUCCGCUCGUCUCGCUUCUGCCCUUGCUAUUCGUCAUGGUCCUAACAGCACUCAAAGAGGGUCUAGAGGACCUUUCAAGAGCUAGGAGUGACAAAAGAUUUAAUACAGCCAAAGUUUCUGUUAUUCGGAAUGGCAAAGAAAUAGUAAUUAGUUCGCAGUUUAUUGUGCCCGGCGAUCUAGUGGUGGUGACGAGUGGCAAUGACGUACCGUGUGAUCUAGUCUUGCUUCAAUCUUCAGGACCAGAAAAAAACUGUUUUGUGAUCACAGCCAACCUGGAUGGCGAGACGAAUGUGAAGACGAUAUUCGCUCCAUCGAACUAUGAGUUUCUGCCUGGAAACCCCUCUUCAAGCAGGGGGACAAUUGUGUGCGAGAAGUCAACCCCUGACCUAUAUAGUUUUAAUGGCCGUAUAGAGAUGGACUCGUUCGAUGGAACCGACGAGUUUGGGGUCUUACCCCUAACCAUCGACAACCUCCUUUUACGCGGGGUCCGUGUCCAGGGCACAGAUCAGGUCAUAGGGUGCGCUAUUUAUACGGGAAUGCAAACAAAAUUGCAACUAAACAGCCGGUAUACUGGCAACAAGUCUGCUUCCAGCGAGGUGUACAUCAACAAAUUUAUGGUGGUGCUCAUCGUGGGGAUGAUUUUGGUUGUUACGGUUCUGUAUCUCAUCCAAAGACACAUGGAAUCCAAAAUUGUACCCACCAUACCCUACUUAGGACCCCCCACAAACUUUAAUUCAGCUUGGAAAAUUUUUGAGGAUUUCCUUUCAUUCCUACUUCUUUUUAACUAUAUGGUUCCGAUAUCUGCGUACAUGAACAUAGAAGUGUAUCGGGUUUUUGGUAGUUAUUUUAUGCAACAUGAUCUCCACUUGUACGAUAGUGAAAGUGACCAACCCUGUGAGGUCAAUACUUCAAACUUGAAUGAAGAGCUCGGACAAGUAAACAUCCUUUUUUCCGAUAAAACCGGAACUCUCACAAAGAACAUAAUGAAAUUCGUCAAGUGCUACGUAUCUGGUCGAAAUUUCCACUUACAAGGUGCCAAACUUCUCUUGCCGGAAACUGGAGAGCAAUUGGAUAUGGCCAGUUUGGGGGAUUUGGAAAACACUUUUUUGGAGGCUUUGACUGUGUGUCACACCGUGGAAGUACAUAAGGGACUGGGAGAAAGUUCUUCGGAGUCGCUCCAAUCGGUAGUACAACGCAGUUUGCUGAUAAACCAUGGGAUCGUGGAAAACUACCAGGCUUCUAGUCCGGAUGAGAAAGCACUGCUGGAAGGUUGUGCAAAUUUAGGAAUCGCUUUUGUGGGGCAGAAAAAAAAUGUUCUUUAUAUUCGUAAGAACUUUUGUGGAGUGGAAGACAGUACCUUUGAGGAUCUGCGCUUUGAGCGACUUCAUGUCCUAGAAUUUAGCUCAGAACGGAAGAGGAUGAGCAUAAUAGUGAAAGAUCAGACUGGCUCUAUCUGGCUUUACAGUAAGGGUGCCGAGAAUGUUAUUUUUCCGAGAUGCAAGCCAAGUCUUCAACUGGACGAGACUAAUGAUCAAGUCACCAAGUACGCUAAAGAAGGUUUGCGCACACUUGCGGUUGCCAGGCGCUCGCUGACAGAAGAAGAGUUCUCUAAAUUCGAGGCUCAGUACAAACACGCGAACACUCAGCUGAGCAACCGAAAGGCACUGAUAGCUAAGUGUUACGAAAAUGUGGAAAUUGAACUUGAUCUUCUCGGUUGUACCGCUUUGGAGGACGCUCUGCAAGAUGAAGUUGAUGCGACCCUAGAAGCCCUGCAGAGAGCUGGAUUAAAAAUUUGGGUUCUCACCGGAGACAAGGUAGAAACAGCUGUUAAUAUCAGUCUAGCCUGUCGCCACAUCCCGCAAAACGCAAAGCCUCAUUUCAUUAUCCAAAAAACCGAUAAAGAAACACUGAUCAGACGGCUGGAAGAAAUUAAAACUAAAGACCCGGAGGUGUUGGUGGUUGACGGCACUACUAUCGCUGCUCUUCUGACGCACUUGCCACAACUAUUCGCCGACCUCGCCCUCCGCUGUCGGGCCGUUCUAUGCUGUCGAUUGAGCCCACUGCAGAAGAGCGAGAUUGUUUCUUUAAUCAAGCGGCGAAAGAAGCAUAUUACAGCGGCCAUUGGCGAUGGAGCUAAUGACAUAUCUAUGAUCCAAGAGGCGCACAUCGGCAUAGGAAUCGCCGGACGUGAGGGAAAGCAGGCGGCCCGAUGUGCCGAUUUUUCUAUAGGCCGCUUUGAAAUGCUGCGCCGUUUGUUUCUAGUCCACGGGCACUACAACUCGCAGCGUCUGGCCCUUAUGGUGCUCUUCUAUUGUUACAAGAACAUCAUCAUCACUGGCUGCAUGGCACUCUUUCAGGUCUACGAUCUCUUUUCGGCCACUAACGUCUAUAACUCGCUCUACCUUUGGCUCUUCGACAUUGUCUACAUAUCAUUUAGUUUCACUUACCUUGCUCUAACUGACAAGGAUUACAAUGAAGAAACGCUUCUUAGGCAUCCCGAGUUAUACCGAAAGUUGGCCCACAACAAGCAAGCAUCGAUGAGCGUAUUUGGAUUGUGGAUGCUUAAUGGAUUUGUCCAGUGUUUCACAAUAUUUUUUUUCGCCUACGCCGUACUUAACAAUGAAAAUGUAGUGUACAGCGUUGGACAGACUGCCAGCUUUCAGACCUUUGGCACUAUGCUCAUCACUAUAAUCGUAAUAGUGGGAAAUCUUAAACUCCUCCUAAUAUCUCGAUAUAUGACUCAUAUCAAUAUUGUACUAAUAUUCGUCUCGAUCGCAGCGUUCAUACUCACUACAUUCCUUUACAACCUGUACAAAGGCGGGGAGCUCUAUGACGUCUAUAAUCAGUUCCUGGCUUCCCUACCCCUUUGGAUUUACACGAUCAUUUGCUCGGCGGCGUGCCUACUUCCAGACUUGGUUGUGAAGGUCAUUAGGGAUAUGCGCCGAAAGACUUAUAACGGCAAUGAAACCGAAUCCGACGAUAAAAUCUACGAACAUGACGGGGAGAAAGUAUAAAUUUCCUGUUUGCAAACUUCAAUAAAAUAUAUGAAAAUAAAAAAUGUUG